AUGUCGAUAAAGAUCUAUGUCAAGGGGUAUGACGGUACAGCGCUGCCGACAGGCUCCCUUUGUGAAGGGCACAUCGAGGUCCACUUCAAGAAGGCCGAGCAUAAAGAUACGAUCAAACAAGUUCUUGUCAACUUCUACGGCCGCUCCAAAGCCCGCAUCACCCGGGAAGAACGUAGGUCUAACGGCAGCAACGGGACUAGGACAGUCUACCACCACUAUGAUUCCAAAUGCCUACUUUUCAAUCAUCACUAUCCACUCGACAACCCGACAUUCUCUCCACCACUUUCCCGUCGUGGCGAGGAUGGCGGCAUUCUCAUCUUUCCGUAUUCGUUCCGCAUCCCCACACAUGCCGAGCCUCAGGACCCGUACAGCACAGAAUCGCGUGGCGCCCAGGUCCUGAACCCAAGUGGCCCGUUCCCUGGUACCCUUGGGUACGACCCACCAGGCUAUGAACAGCCACCACUUCCGCUCCCAGAUUCUUGCGAUAACUUCUACACUCGAAUAGACUCCAGAUUCCAAGCCGAGGCCUCGGUUCGCUACACUAUUCACGCUAUAUGCCCACAGCUCAAGGCUGGAGCCUCACGCUUGUGGAUGGGCGAGGUCGAUGAGAAGGCCGACAUCAACAUCAUCAACCCGGUCUCGCUCCCUGCCCAACUCAUACAGUGGAAACGUCUUGCCCACGAAGAUGCGAUCCGCACCCUCCGACUUCUCCCAUUCCACCAAACGAACCGGCUCAGCUUCCGUGAAAAUGUGCGCUCUGUCUUCAAGAAGGAUCGUCUCCCUUGGUGCAGCUUCCGCAUGACGAUGGCCGCACCGGACAUACUCUGGCUAGACCGUCCAUCGGACCAGCCGCUCCCCAUCAGCCUCAGUAUUGAGCGAAUCGGCUCUGGCGAAGGCUCGGCCUCCUCGCAUAGGGCCUCGAGCACCAGCGAUGCAGGUCCUCCUUCUCCACUCCCUGCAAAAGCAGGUGCCUCUCCACCCGACAACAAGAAUAGUCUAUCGCCAUACCCUUCUCACCAGUCCCCCUCCCCCUCCCCCGCCCUCGAAUUCCCCACCCCGCCCAUCUACCUCAAACGCCUUACCCUCAAUCUAAUCACCACCACCCUCCUCCGCGGCUCCGACCCCAAGCCUACCUCCUACGGCGGCCAGACCUACGAAGCCGUCGGUGCCUCCCCAAUCUGGGAGUGGCGCGCCGACAAAGCCAACCCUAUGAUCGAGCUGCACGCCAACGGCAUCGAUACGGCCACCGCCCCCUUCGAGCUCGGCCGCGAACUAGGCAUCACCUGGGCGGCGCUGCACCGCGCCGCCGCGGCCAAGUACUUCGGCGGCCUGCAGAGCGAGUUCGUGGUCCCGAACCUGCACCGCUCGUUUGGCAUCGAUUGGGAACUCCGGCUGGAGUGCGCGGGCGAGGAGUUCAGGUGGGAGAGUCCGGCCGAGUUUGGUGGUGGCUUCGGCUUGAGGGCCUUGAGGGGCGAUGGCACGCCUUCGGAUGUCGAUGGUGGGGGUCGUGGACCUCAGGUUCAGGCUUUGCCGCCUAUGCAAUUUCAGAGGGGACCGCUGGCGGGUCAGCUUGAUUCGCCGCCGCCGCCGCCGCCCGAAUACGAUCAUGCAGGUGUCGGUGGUCAGGUUCCGGAUGCACUUACUGGCAAGAUGGCGAAUCUGUAUGUGCAGGAUCCUGGGGAGGGACAACAUGGCGGCGGUGGUUCUUCUUCAAGUUUUGGGAACGCCAUCGGCGGCGGCGGCGGCGGUGAUGGUGGUGGUGGUGGUGGUGGUGGUGGUGGGGACGGUCAAUAUCAUGGCCGAGCGUCGAAUGACGGUAAUGCUUACGACAAUGGAUACGGACAGGCUUCCGGCGGCAGUGCCUGGGAGAAGGGCAAGUAUUGA